AAAGUGUUUAUCUCUCGGACUAGUUUUUAUCUUUCCACAUUAUAUAUAUGCCAGCAGGCGGUUAGUGUGACCUUGCCCACAAUUAAUUAAUCUACAGUGUCAAUAUGGCCUCCAGUGGUACUCCUCUCAGGGACGAAAGGAUCGCUAUAAUUGGAAGUGGUCAGAUCGGGCAGAGCUGGGCUUUACUGUUUGCCAGCGCCGGUUUCAAGGUUUCAUUGUAUGACGUCAAUCCAGAGAAUGUGACGAAGGCCCAGGAAUUGAUCCUUCAGCUACUCCAAUAUCUGAAGAAGGAGAACUGCCUGCGAGGAUCACUUCCAGUGCAAGUUCAGUACGACCGGAUAUCAAAGGCAGACACUAUCGACGCAUGCGUCAAUGAUGCUAUAUAUGUGCAGGAAUGUGUAUUCGAAGAUUUGGAGUUGAAGCUCCAACUGUUUGCUGAUGUUGACAAACAUAUUGGAGAUAACACCAUAGUGGGCAGCUCCACCAGCUCCAUGCUGCCAUCUGCCCUGUCUAAAGACAUGAAGCAUCGACACAACUUUCUUGUUGUCCAUCCGACAAAUCCUCCAUUUUUCGCUCGUGCUGUGGAACUUGUACCAGCGCCAUGGACAACACCGGAAGUGAUGGGGAGAACUCGAGAAUUGAUGGUUGCUAUCGGCCAGGCUCCAAUCGUGUUAAAGAAAGAAAUUCCAGGAUUUGUUCUAAACCGGAUGCAAUUUGCGAUCGUGGGCGAAUGUUACAGACUUGUUAAGAAAGGUGUCAUAAGCGUUGACGGCUGUAACAAGACGAUAUCGGAGGGCAUCGGUCCGAGAUACGCGUUCAUGGGACCUUUUCAGACGGCUCAUUUAAACGCAGACGGAUUUCAGAACUACUGUGACCGCUAUGGCGACAUAAUAUAUCGUGUCCAGCAAUCGUUUGGACCUCCAGAGAAAAUGGAGGGAGAAUUGGUACAGCAGAUACAGAACGAACUGGUGAAAAAAGUUCCUCUGGACAAACUCGAUGAGCGUAGAAGAUGGCGUGAACGCAGAAUGGCUGCGCUCAACAAACUGAAAACAGAACUAGCGCAACAAGGACAAAAUGCUACUGAUUCCGGAAAAUAGUUUAGAAAAUUAUUUUCCUUUUUUUAAUCCUACAGAUAUUUUCUAAAGAACUUUCUUAAACACCCGUUUAUGAGAACACCAUGCAUUAUUUUUGAUAACACAUGGGUUGUUAACACACGUACGUGUUACACGUGCUACGGCUGUAAAUAACUUUUAGUCGAAAACGAAAAAGAUGUUAAAAUUUGCUUAAAACCUGG